AUGCCCUGCAAAACAGGCCCCAACCGUAUCCCGAUGAUCCCGUCCGGUACCAAACAAGGUAUUGUCACCAUUCUCGGCUCCGACAACAAACCGGCAGCCGCCGCCGCCUCCAUCCGCAGAACACUCUCCGCCGACAUGUCCUCCCGACAAUGGCUCCACCAAAACAUUUUCCCUCCUUCUUCUCCUUCUUCUUAUUCUUCAUCAUCACACUCCUCUUCUUCUUCUUCUGAAGAAGAGGAGGAAUUUAAUCGGGCUCCUAGCCAGGACGAGGUCUGGAGAUCGAUCCAGGCGAGCAACAACCGAGCCUCCCGACAAGAGACCGAUCGUCCGUGGGGCUCGAUUCUCUCCCACAAGAGCGAACCAUCUUCCCUCCCGCCGCAGACCCCUUACGUCCACCCCCUCGUCAAGAGCCGCAUGACCCAGCGCAGUCUCGAGAUCUGCACCGAGAGCCUCGGCUCUGAGACCGGCUCCGAGUGCUAUUUCCCCUCCGCCGAAGACCAACUCCACUUCGAAAACCGAGCCCAAACACAAAAAGAGUAUCGCUACGACCUCGAUCCGUACGCGGACCUUCGAGUCGUCAAGUACAAGAGCACGCCGCCGCGGCCCCUCCCGCCGCCCCUCCCGUCGGCCAACCGCCUGCUGCAGGCACGACGGGAAGACGGUCGUCUCGUCCUCGAGGCAGUUCCCGUCUCGCCCAGGAACAACUUUCGAGCCUUCCGACAAGAAGGGCGGCUCGUGCUCGCGCUCGUGGGGACAAGUGGCGAAAGGGUAUUUGCGUAUGACAACGACACUGAUGAUGAUGGUGGUGAUGAUGGCAAGGGAGAGGAUUUUGUGGUGGAAAAUAAGAUGUCGAAGAUAGGUCUGCCGGAAAAGAGGCUGAUGAUGAAAAAGUUUGUGGCGGUCGGGAAUGUGAACGCCGCAUUGGCAUGCAAGGAGGAGGAAGAAGAUGAGAUUCCAGUCGUCCCACAGUCACUCCCUACCGCGGCUCCGAGGGUCAGGCGGUUAAUCCCAGGGGACGCCUCACUCAAUGUGUACGAGUACUUUUGGAAGAACAAAAGCAACGGUUUCGGCAGUUUUGUCGGUUCAGUUCCUAGCACUGCUCUCAUCAAUCCCAUUGUUAGUAGUGUUCCCAUGGCAGUCAAAAGUAAAAUCUUGAUCAGCGACAGCAAUAACAGCAACAACAACAACAGCGACAACAACCGUAGCGAGUAUGAAAAUCGGGAUUUUAUGAUUAGGAAAGGGAAGAAAGGAGAAGAUUUUGUGACAUAUAUGAAGGGAUGCAAGGAGCCAAGGAGGUCAUGGGUGAAUUGGGAGCCAUAUUGCAUUGCCACUUCAUGA